ACGACGCGUGCGUCGCUGCGCGUGCGCGACGGGGCCCGUGGUCGGAGCUGUGGCAAACAUGGCGGCCGAGCGUAAAACCAAGUUGUCCAAGAAUCUACUGCGCAUGAAGUUCAUGCAAAGGGGCCUGGAUUCAGAGACCAAGAAGCAACUAGAAGAGCAAGAAAAGAAGAUUAUUAGUGAAGAGCACUGGUACUUGGAUUUGCCAGAGCUUAAGGAAAAAGAGAGUUUCAUAAUAGAAGAGCAGAGUUUCAUGUUGUGUGAAGAUCUUCUCUAUGGAAGGAUGUCAUUCAGAGGAUUUAAUCCUGAAGUUGAGAAAUUAAUGCUUCAGAUGAAUGCUAAGAACAAAGCAGAAGAAGAUGAAGAAGAUGAAACAGUAGAACUUGAUGUGUCAGAUGAAGAAAUGGCAAGAAGAUAUGAGACCUUGGUGGGGACAAUUGGGAAAAAGUUUGCCAAGAAGAGGGACCGUGCCAAGUAUGAAGAAGAUGAAAAUGGAAACAUAAAGCCCAUGAAAGUGAAGAAGAUGUUCUUAAAGCCCCAAGAUUAAAAAUGAGUGCCUGAAAACUGGACUGUAGAUGCCUAUGAACACAGCAGCAUUUGGAACUCAUCAUGAUGGUGUGUCUGUAGUGGUUCAUGCUCUCAUGUUUAUUUGUAAAGAAUAAACAUAGGAGUAUUAAUUAUAAAUAAUUUGGGAAACAUGCUGUCUUGAGACAGAUGUGUAAUGGAUGUUGUACAUCCUUUUUUAGUGGCAUUCUUCACAAAUGGGAUCUUAGUCCCUUCUCUUCAAAUGUGUGAGGCACAGAAGCUUCCCAAAACAAAUUUACGUAACUUAUUUAUACGUACAUAUUGUUCUCCAGUUACUGAUUGGAAUUACUUGAAUUGACUGCUGAAAUUUAAUGCCAUUGUUUCACUUCACUCUAUAUUUAUAUUUUAUUUUAAAUUAUAAAUGUCAAGCCAGGUGACACAUUUAACUUGGAUCAAAUGUUAUGAGAAUUUGUCAUAUAUAUAUUCACCAAGACAAACAUGCCUCUCCACCCUGAAGCCUGCUGCCUGACUGUUUCUAGUUCUUGGAACAGAGAGCUGGUUGUUGUUCAAAACAGUUAACUUAGUGGUAAUGGGCUCUUUUUUUAAAUGUUUUAUAAUAAUCCAUUUUCAUGUACUUUUUAUGUUUUCUUAUACUUUGAAAUAGUUUAGUCUAGUUCAGUAAUGUAACUUUUAUCCAAACAAUAAUUUUAAUAAAUACUAGCCAUUGAUUUGGAAUGUAGUGAUAUAUCAGGUUGAACCAUGAAACCCUUUUUUGGGUCUAGAACUAGUCCUAAUUUCUAGUCUGACUCCUAUUCUAAAUACUAAUGCCAGAAGCAGCUAAAAUUAAGUGUGUGUAUAUUAUUGCAUACUGAUGACUCCUGAGAAUUAUAUAAUUAAUUUAGCUUUCUUAACAGCAACUAAAUCAUGUGUAUGCAUCUCUGAAUCUCUAGAUUUGGGGUAUUCUGUGGCCUCAGCUAUGUUGAGAAAAAGUUGUGAAUUUGAAGAAUCAGGCAACUUCCAGUUUUCAUCUUGAGCAGUAGCUAAAACUUCUUCCCCAUGACAUGGGUCACAGUACUGCUUCUGGUUGACAAACCCAUUUCACAAUAAAAGAAGUGGGGUCCCUGGAGUUCUCUAGUUUUACCAUAUCCCCCACCACCCUGUAGCAGCAGGCAUAGGAUGGCAGAUGGCCUGCUGAGAACUUGAAGUGCUGGCCAGGGUUACAACCCUCCAUCUGAGGAAAUAGAUAAUGCUUUGAGUCCCUGACCAUACUCUGUGUUGUCUGAAGUCAAGCAGAAGUGGGAGGGUUCUUGUCACUGUAAAUUGAUGAUUUGCUUAUGCUUUCCUUAAUGGACUGCUAAGACAAAUAUGCUCACACGAGGGAGCACUAGAAUUCCUGAGAGAAAUUAAGAGUAGUCACUUUCCCACUAAAUCAACAGGCCAAGGAGUUGAUGGCUGGUACAAAUGAUCCUAGCAGCAAUGGGCUUUCUGGUAGUCAACAGUAUUGAACCUAGGGGAAUUGAAUAGAGAAUUUUUAGCACUUUCAAAUCCAGUAACCUCAAAGAAGGAAAUGGAGUUUUGGGACACCCUACCAGGUAUAAACUUGAGCUGAGAGAAGAGAAAGCAUGAAAUACAUGGAGAGAAUGAAAUUAUAAACCGCAGUCUAUAUCAAAACAA